AUGGCUGUUAGAAUAUCCGUCAACAAAAUCAACGACCAACUACUGACAUGUUCUAUCUGUUUGGAGCGCUACAAGAACCCAAAGAUUUUACCGUGUCACCAUUCAUUUUGUGAGAAUUGUUUGGUGGGGUGGAUGGAACAACAUGGCGGACUGGAGUGCCCUAACUGUAGAAAAAGAUAUUCUGUACACAUGGGAAGCAUUCAAACACUUCCACCUAGUAUCGUGACAAAUUCUAUGAUAAGAUUAAUUGAGGAACAAGAAAAUCAAGGUGGUGGAACAUGCCAUGGUUGUGCAGAGUAUUCAUCAGCAAACAGGUGCGUCAAUUGUGCUAUGGAUCUCUGCGCAACAUGUACCAGAGCGCACACAAAAGCACCAAUCACGCGACAUCAUCGCAUCGUUGCUGCUGAUCACUUUAAACAAUCUAAAGGGUCUGCAGAUUUGUCGGUAGCAUACUGUACUACUCAUGAUGAAAAAAUAAUUGAACUUUACUGCGAAACGUGCCAGACGUCAAUCUGCCAUUUAUGUCUGAGGUCAGAGCACAAAGGCCAUUCCGUGGUCGAUUUACAGGGAGUAGCCGAUGAACUUCGCAAUGUGUUUGCAAGCAACAUUUCCCAGUUGAAUGCACAACUAAUUGAAUUGGAAAAUGGAAAGCAAAAUGUGGAAAUACAAUCCAAAGAAUUAGCAAAACAACUUAUGAUUCAAAAAAAGGCGAUAAAAACACAUUCACGGGAAAUAAUAGAGCAGUUAAUAAAUGUAAUAAAGUUGGAGAAACGUGAUCAUCUGCAAAAAAUAACAAAUGACUAUGAUAAAUUAUUACAAGAAAUCAACAACGAAAUGCAUCAGUAUGACACAACUGGGGCACUACUGGAAAGUACAAUAACAUUCGUGGACAAUUUAUUACAAUAUGGUAGUGAUGCACAGCUGAUGAAAGAAAGUGACGAGGCAUCAAAGAAAAUGCACACUGUGAUGUCACUUAAAACAAAAUGGAAAGAUACCGAUAGAACACUACCACUGUUUUGUCCUGGUGUCACCACAGUGCGUGGCAAAACCACACAGUCUAUUUCGGCACAUAUGGUUAUUAGGCUGGAAGAUGAAAAAAGCCCUGAACGAUACUUGAUCAGUUAUUAA